UUCAGCGCGACGAGUAGUCAUUAUCCGGGUAACCCGGUCAAGCAGUGGAAACAAAAAAACCUGUCACUUACCAAGACUGAGGUCUUCGCCUGCUCGGAAAAGGACGGUUGUCAUAUCCUCCACAGUUGACGGGAAAUAAUGUUGAUUCUUAAAGUGGCCCAGUCUUCUACGCUUUGUGGCGUAGCUCUCCGGAUCGCACCAGGACUCACUGGGCGUCGGCGCCAGGCUGUCGUGGCUGUGAGCAACACACGCCUCUAUGCGAGUCAAGCUACACAGGCAGUGUUAGAGAAGCCAGCAGCAGUCUCAACAGAUGCUGGCACUGCAGUGGAGAACAAGACGGCCACUGCAGAGUCCAAAUCUUUUGCUGUCAACAUUUUCAAGGGGCAGAUUGCCACAUCUCAAGUGUUUCCUUACCCUUCCGUCUUGAAUGAAGAGCAGGAGCAGUUCCUCCGAGAGCUUGUGCCACCCGUGGGCAAGUUUUUUGAGGAGGUGAACGAUUCGGCCAAGAACGAUGCACUGGAGAAAGUCGAGGACCAUACGAUGGAGGGCCUGAAAGAGAUGGGUGCCUUUGGCCUGCAAGUGCCGACUGACCUGGGUGGCCUGGGCCUCAGCAACACACAGUAUGCCCGGCUGGUGGAGAUCGUCGGCACUUAUGAUCUCGGUGUCGGCAUCACGCUCGGUGCCCACCAGUCAAUCGGCUUCAAGGGCAUUUUGCUUUUUGGGAAUCCGGCACAAAAAGAGAAGUACCUGCCUAAACUUGCAUCAGGUGAGCACAUUGCUGCCUUUUGCUUGACCGAACCGGCCAGUGGUUCUGAUGCCGCUUCCAUCAAAACCACAGCUGUGCAGUCCCCCUGCGGACAGUACUUUAUUCUCAAUGGAAGCAAAAUCUGGAUAAGUAAUGGCGGUCUGGCUGAGAUCUUCACCGUGUUUGCCAAGACACCGAUGAAGGAUCCUAAGACAGGAGAGAUGAAAGACAAGAUCACAGCUUUUGUUGUGGAAAAGAGCUUUGGUGGCGUGACACACGGUCCACCGGAGAAGAAGAUGGGCAUCAAAGCCUCCAACACGGCCGAGGUUUACUUCGACAACGUCCGCGUGCCGGCCGACUGCGUGCUGGGCGAGGUGGGAGGCGGCUUCAAGGUGGCUAUGAACAUCCUCAACAACGGCCGAUUCGGCAUGGCGGCCGCCCUCUCCGGUACCAUGAAAGGAGCCAUCAACAAAGCGGUGGACCAUGCAACCAACAGGACCCAAUUUGGCAACAAGAUCCACACCUAUGGGGCCAUCCAGGAGAAGGUGGCUCGCAUGACCAUGCUGCAGUACGUCACCGAGUCUCUGGCCUACAUGAUCAGCGGCAACAUGGACAGCGGAGCGACCGAGUUCCAGAUCGAGGCGGCCAUCAGCAAGAUCUUUGCUUCCGAAGCCGCGUGGACUGUGACGGACGAGUGUAUUCAAGUUAUGGGCGGCAUGGGCUUCAUGAAAGAUGCUGGAAUCGAGAGGGUGAUGAGGGAUCUGCGAAUUUUCCGGAUCUUUGAGGGCACCAACGACAUCCUCAGGCUUUUUGUGGCCCUCAACGGCUUCCAGAAUGCGGGUAACCAGUUGAAGAGCUUACAAAAAGCCCUGAAGAACCCACUUGGCAACACCGGGCUCCUGGCGGAAGAAAUCACCAAGAGAGUAAAGAGGAAGGCAGGCCUGAGCACAGGUUUGACACUUCAAGGAACUAUCCACCCUGAGCUGGCUCAAAGUGGUGAAAUGGCCGUGAAAGCCAUUGAACAAUUUGGCGUGGCUAUCGAGGAGCUUCUAAUCAAACACGGCAAGAAGAUUAUCGAUGAGCAAUUUGUAUUGAUGAGAGUCGCAGACUGUGCCAUUGAUAUUUACACCAUGAUUGUUGUCCUCUCAAGGGCGUCACGGUCCCUGAGCCAGAGCGACCCUACGGCCCAACAUGAGAAGGUUCUGUGCGAGACGUGGUGUGUGGAGGCUCACGGGAGACUCGUGCGGGACAUUAAGGCGCUGCGUUCCAGCCAGUCCAGGCAGCUUUAUAACAACUUUCGGGCCAUUUCCGCAGCAGUGGUGGAGAACGGGGGAACGGUCGCCUCUCACCCGCUAGGUUUUUAAACACUCCAUGGUUUGCCCGAUUUCGUCUUUUUUUGGGUUAAGGGCCGGCUCACCAAGACAUCAAACAAUACCUCAUCGUCCCUUUGAGAUGGUUGUGAGGUUCAUCUACAGUGUAUUUAUUUGAAAGGAUGUCAGAUUGUUUGUUGUCGUUUGAAAGCCACGUGUUGAGUUUUAAGCCACGAAAAUAACAUUUUGGAGUGAAAGGGCCUUCAAACAAACGCCGCAAGCGCCUCAUCUCAUCCCCAUCACUCUUCCAGGUACCAACGACCUUUGUGAACAAUAAGCUGUAGAAAAGGGACUGAUAUCAAACUUGUUUAUUUGUAUACUUUAUGGAUUGUUGUUUUAUGAUGCAUUUAAAAAAUAUAUUCUCUGCAUGUUGGAUUUUCAACGCCAGUAACAACUGUAUCGUCUUUGCCUUAUGUAACAUAAUGACAAUUCAAAUUCUGCACCAGUUUGCGGUUGUCACCUCACGUACUGCAAUGGUACAUCUGCAAAUAUCCCAGAGAUGGUUAUGAUUAAUUAAAAAUCUUUAGCAAGGAGGGAAUGCUGUUUUUAAUGAAAUUGAGCACUCAAUAAAACUGUUCUAUUAUAAAUUUA